AUGGUUAAACGAAUUUCAACGAAGUAUCCUUUGAUAAAUAAGACAGUCUUCGCUGAGAUCAAAUCAUCGACGAAUCAUUCAAUUGAACAGAUGUCUUUAUUCAAAUCUUUGCUUAUGACAAAAAAAGCUCGCGCAUACAAUCCCAUGUUUGAAGACGGAUUUGAUAGUAAGAUACCAUUACAUAAUGAUGAAGCAUUUCAACACGGAAUUGAGUUUAAAGUUAAAUUUAUUGGUUCGCUCGAAGUGCCCAAACCAACAAAUCGAAAUGAAAUCAUCGCUGCUAUGCGUCGAAUUCGUUACGAAUUUAAAUCACGAGCAGCUAAAAAACGUCCCGUUCAUUUACUGAUAUCUGUUGAUGGCAUCAAAGUUGAUCUAUGGAGAAAAGAUCAGAAAAACGUCUAUUUCGAGGAAGAUCGAGCGAUAAUCAUGCAGCAUCCGAUCUACCGAGUGUUCUAUGUGUCACACGACAGUCAAGACUUGAAGAUUUUCAGUUUCAUCACACGCGACAAUACUACCAACACAUUUCGUUGCAAUGUUUUCAAAGCUUAUAAAAAGAACGAAGCGAUCCAUAUUGUUCGAACUAUUGGUCAGGCGUUUGAAGUGUGCCAUAAACUCUCUGUACCACAAUCGCCACCACUUCCGCCACCACCGACAACGACAGCCGUUGUUCCUUCCGAAACAAAUGCAUCCGAAAAAGCUGAUUGUUAUUUACCAAGUGUUCAACAACCGAUUUCUCCAUCAGUGAACAAACGAACUUCGUCAGGUUUACUCCAUUCACCAUCGACAAGUGAAUUUACACUUAAACAUCAAAUGCAAUUCAUGCAGGAGCAAUUACAACAAAUCCAACAUGAAUCGGAAUUGACAUUCAAUCAAUUGAGAUUAAUCAAAGAACAAUUAAACAUCGAAAUUGCUGCUAGAGUCGAUUCCCAAAAUAAAAACAAGUUAUUAAUCGAACGUAAUCGAGAAUUAUUAACACAUAUUCAACAACUAUUGCUUUAUACAAAUGAAUUAGAAUUGAAAUUGAACAAUAGUAAUUACAAACCAUUGGAAGUGUUGAAAGGUCUUCAAUCUCGUCCGACAAAUCUAUUUCUCCUUCCGAAAUUGUUUUCAACGUUGACGGCAUCGAAUUCGACUACCGGCACAUCGAACCAACAAGAUCUUGUCAGUAAUUCUCCGGACUCUGGUAAAGGCAAAGAAAUCUCCUCGGAAAGCAUCUCCGAUGCAUUUCUCUCAAGCAUUCACGAUCAACAAUUAAAUAAUUCAUGGCAUCUAAACCAUCUGAAUAAUUCAACAUCUGUACUCGACGAUCUGACGACCCAAUCGCUAUCGAUCAAUGAGACCACUGCAAAAACUAAUCCUAAAACCUUUGAAGAAUAUUCUUCCACCGCUUCGUCUUGUUCUUCGAUAAGAACAACCAAUCCGAAUCCAAUCGAACAUUAUCUUUACGAUCACAUUAUUCCAUCGGAAUCUUCUUCAUUUACAAACUCGGCCUUUAAUCAAAGUCCAUUACGUACAAAUAAAUAA